UAUUCAUGAUUCUUGCAUUGGUUCCAUUGAAUGGAAAACAUUUAAAAAAGUUAACUGUUUCCCUAAUAAACCAGAAUCUUUCUCAUUGUUUCCCACCAUUAGAGUAUUUGAAAGAGUGAAUAUUGAUUAUCAAAGUGUUUCAUCAAUACCAGCUUUCCAUUGAAACAAUCAGCUUAAAAUUCACUUUAAAUCAAGGUUUUAUUGACCUUAUCAACAUUUUAAUUAUUCUGCCAUCAUCUGUUUAUUAACGGUUGACCAGUCAAGAUAAUCUUGGAAAGAGUUUACUAGAGUCUCCCCCUUUCCCUCUUUUCCAGCAAACUUUUGGUUAAACAGAAGACACAAAAGACUCAAAAAAAGAGUCUAAAUUCAGUCUUAAUGUACAUCGACCUCUUCGCCUGAUACACAGAAUUUCUUUCUUUAUUCUACCAACCUAAUCGUCAUCAUCACCCAACAUCAUCAUUACCAACAUCAACAACAUUGGUGUCUCUUUCACACAUCCUCUGUUCUCUUUAUUUGUCGUAUCUUCUUUUACAUUGUAAUCUGACUUUCUCUCUCUCUCUCCUUCUUAUUGUAACAUUUGUUCAACAAUCAAUCCCAAUUGACAAGGACCACUUGUUUAUCCAGCCAUGUUUAUAAACUCAUCCUUUUGAUUGUGAGGAUAAUAUCAAUGAUAAUUUCAGAGAGAUUUAAUUGGCAUGAUUCCUCACAACAUUUGUGUUGACUAUUACAACACAGCCAUCGCCAGGAGAAACAACAACAACAUUACCUCUGACUCUCUUGUUUCUCUUCUUUUCUCUUCUAUAAUCUGAUCUUACUUGUCAUUGAUUAUUCAUCAAUGAUGGUGAUAAUUGUGAGGAUUGAAAACUCCCUUUGCCAAAAUAAACAAAUUGAUUGAAGUUCGGGGGGAAAAGCUCAAUUAAAUAUCAUCUGUUCAGCCAUUUACUUUUUACCAGUGACUUGUUUCAUUUCCUCUUCCAUCAGUGACCAGUUUACAUGUGAUUGUUUUUCCAUUGAGUGACUCCGCCCUUGAUUUGGUUUACUGUCCGAGGAUGUUUUACUGUGCAAUAUAACCAUUAUCAUUUGUUUAAUUAUUGUUGUAUAUUGUGUCAAGUUUGGUGAAAACCGUGGAAACACUAUAUACAAAAGUACAACAGUCUUUUGAAACGUAAUAAGCAACAAAGAGGAACCAACUAAUUCUCAUCUUCACUUCUGGUAAACUGGUUUCUCUCCAUCUAUUAUUCUUAAAGUUUAAAGCCUUUGUCAAUCAACUUACAGUUUAAUUUCACUUCCAUCAUCAUCACCACCAUAAUUAUUUUCAUCUUUCACCAUGAUAAAGCGUUCUAGUAGUGCUCAGGCUGUGUUCAAAAUACGAAGUAGCAAAUUUCGUCAUGUUCAUGAAGUUUGCUGGAAAAAAGAACUUUGUUAUGAUAAUAUCAAAAUAACCAAAAAUGCAAACGAUUCACAAUUUUGUGCAGUUAACCCAAAAUUUCUGGCCAUUGUCACGGAAACAGCGGGUGGUGGUAAUUUCAUCGUAAUUCCAAUCGACAAGACUGGUCGGGUAGAAGUUAACUACGGAAGAGUUACUGGACAUCAAGGUCCGGUUUUGGAUCUUAAAUGGAAUCCUUUUAAUGAUAAUGUAAUUGCUUCCUGUUCCGAUGAUUGUACGAUAAGGCUGUGGUAUAUUCCAGAUGAUGGAGUUCCCAAGAAAAACAUUUCUGAAUCCAUUAUGACUCUUUGUGAGCACAAGAGAAGAGUCUCUUUCAUUGAAUGGCAUCCAACAGCGGACAAUAUCUUGGCCUCUGCAGGCUUAGACCAUAUCAUCAUUCUUUGGAAAACUACAACCGGUGAACCCGUAAAAUUCAUCAAUUGUCAUACUGAUACCAUCCAUUCCAUGUCAUUUAACCGUGAUGGCUCACUCUUAGCUACUACUUGUAAGGAUAAAAAAAUUCGUAUAAUUGAUCCAAGACAGUGUUUAGUUAUCUCAGAAGGAAUCGGUCAUCAAGGUGCAAAAGCAUCAAAAGUAGUAUAUUUAGGUGAUUCAGGACGACUUUUCACUUCAGGCUUUUCUAAAUAUAGUGAUCGUCAAUGGGGUAUCUGGUCCCAACACGAUUUAAGCAAACCUCUUACAAUGGAAAACAUUGACUCAUCAUCUGGUGUAUUAUUUCCCUUUUAUGAUCAUGAUACCAAAAUGGUCUAUGUUGCUGGUAAAGGCGAUGGAUCUAUACGUUAUUAUGAGAUAACAUCAGAAUCUCCGUGGUGUCAUUAUAUAAACCAAUUCAUCACUGGUCUACCCCAAAGGGGACUCGGUAUAAUGCCCAAAAGAGGCUUAGAUAUACAUAAAUGUGAAGUUUUUCGUUUUUACAAGCUCCAUGCUACUCGACCUCUUUGUGAACCUAUCUCUAUGGUUGUUCCCAGAAAAUCACAUCUCUUCCAAGCAGACAUUUAUCCUGAUACACUGGCGCCCACACCUGCAUUGACCGCUGAUGAAUGGUUAAGGGGUAAAACUAGAUCUCCUAUACUUAUUUCAAUGAAGACUGGAGCUGGAGCAAAAACCCAUAAGCCUGUCAUGUUUAAAGGAAGCAGUAAUUCUUUGUUGACAUCUGACUUCAAUAAUGAUCGGAAAUUUAUAUUCUUGUCUCAAGAAAAUAUUGUUGAUUAUCGGCCAAAAUCUGAAACAAAUAAUGGUCAAACCAAUGGUAAAAAUCGCCAUAGCUAUUUACCGCCUUCAAAUAAAAAGUUUCCCUGGAUUAAAGAUGAUGAUAUUGGCGAUGAUAAAUGCACCGAAGAAGAGAAAAUUUGUUUUGAUAUCGUUCAGAAACGUGAACUUCCCAUGGCUGAGUUUGUCAAUGUUAGUGAUUAUGAAAACAGCUACGAAUCAAAAAGUUCCCUUACUUCUCAUGAUCUCAUUAUACCUAAUGAUAAAGAAGAGUUAAUCAGAGCAUUUCGUCGUCAUGUGGAAGAUGUCGAAUUCCUUCGAACUCAACUUAGACUCAAGGAUGAACGAAUCAAACAGUUGGAGAAACAACUCAAGAAUCUGUCAACUUACAAUUGAAAGAUCUCAAACUUGCUCUUCAUUUUUCUCUACUUAUAUCCUAAACAUCGUCAUUACCUUUCCUUUUUAUCUCAAAGCUCAAUCUGAAUCAGAUUGAUUUUAGAUAGAAAGUUAAUCCUGUCUGUAACUUUAAAAUUCUUACUAGGAUUUUAAUAGAAGACAAAUCCCUCGAUCUUACUGUUGACUCUUGUUAUGAAUACAAAGAAAAAUAGUUCAUUUUUUUCUGUAUUCAUUAAACAAGAAAUACAAUGACUGCAAUGCAAUCAUUUGCGGCAAUCGCCUGUGAAAUAGAUUCCAAACUCUUUUUCGCAUUUAUUAAUACUAAUGCCAAUGAAAUAAGAUCCUGUUUUAUCGUAAGUGCAGUAAAAGGUUGUUAAAUGAAAUGAGUAGAGAGAUAGUUAGCUUUACAUUUCAAGAUUAAUAUUAUUUUGUAUUACGGAGCAACCAAGUAUCACCAAUGUACGCAACAAAACUGCAAGUUAUUACUCAUGUUCAAUCUUUAAGUCUGGAACCCUGAAUUUCAUCAUUCACAUGUUCUUUUUUCGUCAAUCUUUUAUCCCUCUCACAUGACUCAUUAUUUAUGCAUACAUAGUCACUAAAAAAGGAGAGUCAACUAAUUCUCAAGUUUUGUUACUUUAGUUUCAUCGCAUUUAAAAUUAGUUGACUCGUCCUAAAUGUACAUUAAUCUGAUAGAUUCUCCACAUUUAAGUUUUCAGCGUAUAAAAUUCAUCUUCAGCUAACACGCAAUUAGACUCAAGCGUUUUGCUUCUCAAGUUUUCUUGGAUAUGGAUCUACAUUCAACUCUAAAUAGAUUGGGGCUUCGAAAUUCAAGAGCAAAAUCUUCAUGGAUCGUUAAAAUGCAUAUUCUGUUCCGUUAAACCUUUUAGACCAAGGCUUCACUCUACAUGAAAGCGCAAUCAUCUCUAAAUGAUGUUUUUAUGAGGACUUCUGCACUUAUUUAAGCUGUUAUUUUAUUACAAAGCUCGACAUUAUCAACAUCAAACAAUGCAUUGGUCUGAAGAGGGAAAAUCUCAAAUUUCACUUACUCAGAUUGCUGGAACUUUCUAUUGCCUUUCUUUCCCGUUUUGUCCAGCUAAUUGUAAAAAAAACUUGCUUUUACAUCAGUCAUGAAACUUUUUCAAUGAUGAUUGUUUUUUGGUAACCUCAGUUUUCUUUCUUGUUUUGAUAAGGUUAUCUUUUAAUCAGUUAUUGAAAAUACAUGUAUUUUCUUUAUAAAGUUUAUAUUUUAUUUCGUCUAAAUUGUUCUAUAGCUAUGAAAAUAGCCAUUGAAACUCCACCUGAAGUUUCAAUCGAUUGCAAUUGGAUGUAAAUUGGAAAAUAAUGAGAAAAAAUAAAAAAACUGAAUAAAAAAUAUCUUCAAGGAAA